AUGGCAGGCGCAACAGCAGCUUAUCAAGAGUACAUCAACACCAAGUUGAACCCCAUUCUUGAGGGGCUUGUCGUCGAGGUUCUUCUCGAACACCCUGACGAUCCCGUCACCUUCAUGAUUUCUCGCCUUUGCCAGCGAGCCGGAAUCCCCGAUCCUGUUGCAGGCGCAGCAGGCGGGAAGAGCGAAGCUGAGGAGUUGAAAGUGGAGAUUAGUCUGCUGCGCGAACAACUGGGGAAGUUGCAAAACGCCGGUGACGGGAGUCCCGUCGAAACGCACGAGUCGGAUGAAUCUGACGAGGAGCAAGACGACGCCGUGGAGGACGAUGACGACGAGGCUGUGAUGUCGCGAUUCAAAAACCUAAAUAAAAUGCGAUGCUCGGUCUCCGCUGAGGUGUACGGCGAGUGGAACAAGAAGAAAAACUUUGUUGCGCCCGUCUACGAAAAAGAUGAGGACCAGAAAGAGCGACUCGAGCGUAUUUUGCGCCAGUCGUUUUUGUUCAACAGCCUGGACGAGAAGGAUUUGAACACGGUGAUUCUGGCGAUGCAGGAGAAGAAGAUCGAGGCGAACACGCGGUUGAUUUGCGAAGGAGACGAUGGCGAGUGCCUGUACAUCGUCGAGAGCGGCGAGUUGAACUGUUCGAAGCUGCUCGAGGGAGAAGAGAAAGUGGUGAAAGUCGUGGGCCCUGGAGACGCCUUCGGGGAACUUGCGCUCCUCUACAACGCCCCUCGAGCUGCGACGGUGACCAGCGUGACCGCGUGCGAUUUGUGGGAAUUGGGCCGAGACACCUUCAAUGCAAUUGUCAAGGACGCGGCCACGAAACGACGAUCCAUGUACGAUGCCUUCUUGAAAAGUGUCCACAUCCUCGAUGGGAUGGACGCCUACGAGCGCGGCAAAGUCGCCGACGCUCUUCGAACCGAGAUGUUCACAGAUGGAGCGUACAUCGUUCGGCAAGGAGAACUCGGAGAUAUCUUUUACAUCGUCGAAGAAGGAAGCGCAAUCGCCACCAAAUCCUUCGGGCCCGGACAACCUCCCAUUGAAGUCAAAAAAUACCAGGCCGGCGAUUACUUUGGAGAACUCGCACUAAUCAACGGGGAGCCUCGAGCCGCAAACGUGAUUGCUCAGGGGAUUUGCAAGGUCGCGUGUCUCGAGAGAAAAUCCUUUAAGCGACUCAUGGGAUCUGUUCAAGACCUCCUCAGCAAAAAGGCUUCUGAAUACAAAAGAGAAUCCGACUAG